CUACUCCCCCUCGAUGCGCCCAUCCAGGAACGGGCUUACAUUGCCCCUUCCAAGACGUCGCGUAAAGUCCUGCCACAAGCAUUCGUUAACCGGCUCUCUGAGGAGAAGCUUGCUGGUGUCAAGCGUGCCCUUGCCGGUGACGAGAAUGUGGACGAUGAAGCUGAGGAACUGGCGCGCUUUGUCCGCCCCAAAAUCAUGACGAAGCGUGAGCAGAAUACCAUGGCAGCUCGUCGGUCACGGCAGCGAAAAAUGGAAGAGAAAGCCGUUCUCGAAGAGGAGCGCGACGCUCUCAAGCUCCGAGUCGAGGAA